AUGCCAGCAGAUUCUAUUUCAAAGUAUUUUCUAUUUUUAAUUUUUUUUUUUAAAUUAAUAAAAAAUAUCUCGACAGUUUCAUGUUCGCACCACAGCAAAGAGCGACCAACUACCGAUUUAGCAUGUUCAUUAAAAAUAUGUUCAGAGUUGGGAGAGCCAUGUGGUAAUGAUACUCAUUAUAGUGGAUUUCAAUGUUAUGUUGAAGAUAGAUGCUUAAACAGUACUUGUGUACCUAGUCUUGGUAUUGGAAAUGAUUGUAAUUCAAGUUUUGAUUGUAUAUUAGGUACAACAUGUGUUAUUGAUCAAAAUAAUAAUGAUAAUAAUAAUAAUGAUAAUAAUGAUAAUAGUGAUAAUGAUGAUGAUAAUAAUAAUGAUAAUAAUGAUAUUAAUAAUAUAAAUAAUUUUAAAGGAUAUUAUCAUAAAAAUUUAACGACAAAAGUGAAUUUAAAAAUUAAAAAAACUUGUCAACAUUCAUUUUUUGCCGAAUUUGGUGAUAAAUGUAAAAGAAAUUCAGAUUGUUUAAAUAGUUUAGAAUGUAUUAAUGGUAAAUGUUCAACACCAUCACUUGGAUGUUUGACUGAUUUUAGUUGUAAUAAUGAUUCAAUAUGUAAUAGAGAUACAAGACAAUGUGUAGUUACAACCUUAAAAGAAGGUGAAUGUUUUUUAUUUAAACAAUUCUCUUGUAAUGAUCAAAACUUAUUAUGUGCACCAAAAUCAUUUAUGAUUUCUUCAAUUGGAAUUUGUAAAAAACAAAUUGAAGGUUCACCUUGUUUAACUAGUAAACUUAUAAAUUGUGAUUGGAAUUUAUAUCAAUGGUGUAAACCAUUGAAUCCAGGAUCAUUAAUGGGUAAUUGUACAAUUCAACCAAGUAAUACAUCAAAAUCAUGUAUAACACAAGCUGAUUGUAAUUAUUAUGAAAUGUGUAAAUGUGAUAGUUCCCAUUCUGGUGUUGGAUAUUGUAUACCAAAAGGGUCUUAUAACUUUUUUGGUAGUUAUUGUAAAGCUUCAAUAAAUAAAUUUUUAGAAUGUUAUUAUAAAACCAAUUGUACAGAUUUAUUUUCACAAAAUCCAUCAUCAUGUUCUUAUAGAAAUUGCCCAGAAGAAAGUGAAUGUCUUGGAACAUUUUGUAUUGAUAAAAUGUUACCAGUUGGAGUUUGUACAAAUAGAAAAUGUAAACUCACAUUAUUCAAUACUACAAAUGGUCAUUUUAAAGUUGCAUCAUCAUCAUCUUUUUCAAAUUUUAAUUUUAAUUCUUUAUCAUAUUUAAUAAUAACAUUAAUAUUAAUAAUAAUUUUUAUAAUAAUUUAA